UUUCAAUACAAUUCAAUCAUUAAAAAAUAACUAAUUUGUGUGUUUUGCACCAAAAAAUAUAUAUCGAAGAAGAGAGGAUCGCCUAUUUUAACGCCAAAUGCCAGCAAAUAGCCAUACUAUACACAGCCAGACGCCACACGCGUCUCCGUAUAAUUACGAGAGAGUGGGCACUGUCUCACCCACAGUCUCACCCACUGGUGCGACGACGACAACACAUAUACAUACAUCUCCUGUCAACCACCAUCAGCGCCAGUACUCAUCGGUGCUGCUUAAUGGACAUGUAAUGAAUGGAAACAUAUCAUCGGGACGUCAUACAGUCAACAACAACUCUAUAGUUUAUUCAAAUGGCAGACCAAAUGGUGGUAUAUCUCCGAGAAAGAUAUCGCCAAAUAUGUCCAAAGAUGCCAAUAAUAUUACUGUGACGUCUACCUCAAAGCAACCACUGCUCGACAUAUCGCGAACAGCCAACGGUUAUCCAACUAGUCCUAUACUAAACGGUUCCCGAUUGGGACCGCACUCACCGAAAGCCAGUGCUAACUCUAAUGAUAACUCAAACAGUGAUUCGACAAUCAGUGGUCACGGUUUGCACGAAGUAUUAGCCUCAUUGGCACUGAUGUGUCUUUUAUCACUAUUGAUGGCAUUUUUGGCGCUCUUCUUCUUGCAAAAGUCGUGUCCCUUAAGUUCACUGACGGACAGCAAUGAAAGUGCAGAAAAUGUUUCAAAAGCUCACAAACUUUUGAGCCAACGAUUCGUUAGCAAUACUAAAGAAUAUGUUCGUGUGUUUCAAAUAUCAGUCUCAUUGAGCACAUUAACCAUCUCUCUAGACCUCUGCUGUCUAUUUGUUUCGUGUAUACAAUUUUUGUCUGCCGUUAAGCUCAUGAAGACACCAUUUGGACACAAGAGAACUUAUGAGUUCUUGAAGAAGACAUCUCAUAUAAGAGUGGCGGCUGUCGGCGCUUUCCUCAUCUCAAUCCCCAUAUUUUUUACCGGGGUUAUAUUGUUUACAUUUGUCAACUUUGAUGAAGUGCCAGCUCUGGCCACUAGUGUUAUCAUCGGAUUAGCCAUUGUUUUCUGUGGCAUAGCAUCCGUACAAAAUGUUUAUCUCUGGCAGUGGGAAAAGACAAAAGCGAGUCAAGAAUUAUCGGAAAGUCGUUUAAUUAAUUUAAGAGAUUCUGGUUUUAUACCAAACAUUGAAUUAUCAACUCUUGUGUGA